AUAGAAGUUCCCAUGGUACCAGAAACCAGUCCGGCAACGUCGAUAGAAGUCCCCAUGAUGCCAGAAACCAGUCCGGCUCCGGAGGUCACUUUGGAGCCAACCGCCCCUGCAGGCAAAGGCACUCCGGUUCCUGAAGGAGCAUGCGCAUUGCGUCUAGAACCGCUACUGUACGAGGACGAAGUGGAUGCAAAUCGUUUCGGAUUACAGCCAAACAGUCGUAUGGAGUACGAUAUCGUACCGGACUCGUUUGACAAGAGUGGAACGUUCUCGCUGCAACUUCGUGCUACCGCCUCUAACGGGGUGAUCCUAUUCGCUACUAACGAUAAGCACACCGAUCAUGUCGGUCUAUUCCUACUCAAUGGACGAGUUAUCCUGUCGUUUGAUACAGGAACUGGACAGACCCUGAUCCGCUCGAAUCGCUCCAUUCUCACUGGCGAGUGGCACUCCAUCAAGGCUAGUCGCCGUGGAAACGAAGGAUCUCUGAUCGUUGAUGACGAGUCAGCUGAAACUUCGGGUGUCCCAGCUGGUACGGAUUCCAUCGACACUCAACCACCCCUGUACCUGGGAGGUAUCCCAAAUGAACUGUCUAGCUAUACCCGAACAAUAUUACCUGGUGUGAGAUCGGAAUUUGGUGGUUGCAUUCGAGAUCUGAAACUAAAUGAUAAGAAAUUUGAUACCACCGCUAGAGAACAUGGAGUAGGCGAGUGCAAAAAACACACUGAGAGCGGUCUAUAUUUCGGAAAGGAAGGCGGCUAUGCCAUUUUGAAGAAAGAGUUCCAGGUUGGCCAGUCAUUCUCGGCUGAGAUGGAAGUCCGGCCGCGAACUCAGAAUGGAGUCCUGUUCUCUGUCGGCGCUGUUGAAUUCCUUACCGUACAGUUUUUGAAUGGCUCCGUAAAGUUUACUGUGGACAGCGGAUCAGGUCCCGAAGCACUUAUUUAUAACCCUACAGCUCCGAAUGUGCUCUGUGACGGACAUUGGCAUUCAAUCAAGAUUAUGAAGAAAAAGAACCUUAUGACUUUGACUGUGGAUGGCAAGAGCAAUCUCAACAUCAUGAAGAAGAGCAAGAAGCCUGAGACCAUGACCAAAGAUCCUAUUUAUCUAGGAGGAGUUCCCGAAUCCGUCACAAGCAAGGGUUUGGAGACGAGAGAACCAUUCGUUGGCUGCGUCCGUAUCAUGAAUCUCGGUGGAGGAAAGAGAGAUAAGAACAGAAUGAAGAAGCAGCUGGAUGUGUCUAAACUAGACGUUUUUGGUGAUGUCAACAAACAAGAAUGUCCACUAGAUUAGCUCUGUGCCUAGUUUAAAAUGCCUUUCGAUUCCUAGUGCCUUUCUUGCUGCUUUGUUACUUCUCCAUUGUACUUAAAACUUUUUUUUUCGACCCUCUGUCUGUCUUGCCGCUUUAUUACUUCUCACAGUUCGUUUUUUUAGCCUUAU